AUGCAGCUUAUUCGCAAUCCUGACAAAAUGGCCAAUUUACAGAAGGAGCUCGACGAAGUGGUGGGAAGGGAUCGCCCUAUGACUGAGGCAGAUAUUCCCAAACUAUCAUAUCUUGAGGCUGUAAUCGAAGAAACUCUCCGUCUUCAUCCGACGAUACCACUUCUGGUCCCGAGAAUGAACGAGGAGCAGACCACCCAAGGGGGCUACGAUAUUCCGAAGCACAGCUCCUUGUUCGUGAACGUCUGGGCCUUCAGUCGAGACCCAAAGCUGUGGGACGAAACCGAGACUUUCAUGCACGAGCGAUUCCUCAAUGUUCCGAUUCUCUCGGAGACCAAGGAAGGGGAGAAGGACCAUCCUCUCGGAGACCAAGGAAACGCACCAGAGACGAAAGAAAUUCCACAAUCCAGAUACUAA